AUGGGUCGACUUUUUACCAUCUCGCUGGCUGCGUUUGCAGCUACAGGGUCAUUCCUGUUCGGGUACGACAGCGGUGUGAUGACCGAUGUAAUCGAGUCGAAGAACUUCUUGGCUUUCUUCAAUACCACCCAAACGUCAUCCAUCAUCGGGGCUAUCAACAGUACAUUUUCGGGGGGAGCCUGCAUUGGCUCCCUCCAGGGAGGUCUAACGAUGGAUCGCUUCGGACGAAAGUUCACGAUCCAGAUGGGGGCGCUCAUAUGCCUGGUCGGCGCCAUUCUUCAAUCUUCAGCGAAAAACCUGGCCAUGAUUCUGGUUGGCCGUAUCCUGGCCGGCUGGGCCGUGGGUCUCAUGUCUAUGUCCGUCCCGGUCUAUCAAGCAGAGGUCGCUCAUCCUCGUUCCCGUGGGUUCAUCAUCGGUCUAUCCCAACAGAUGAUCGGCGUUGGGUUUAUUGUUAGCACCUGGGUCGGCUACGGAUCCCUCCAUGCGCCAGACACCAGCGAGUUUCAAUGGCGGUUUCCGCUUGCAUUUCAAGCUGUCCCUGCGCUUCUUCUAGUGAUAGGCAUGUUCUUCAUGCCCGAGUCGCCUCGAUACUUGAUCGAAAAGGAGCGCUACGAUGAGGCCAUGCAGAUUCUUCGAAAACUACAUUUUGACGGCACCAACGAAGAUUGGAUUCAAACCGAAUAUAACGAGAUCAGAUCCACCAUUGAGGCCGAGAAAGCCGUCACAGCGCCCGGAUGGCUCAUCAUGUUCCGUGUCCCUCAAUGGCGAACCCGACUAUUCCACGGCAUCGCCGUUCAGGUCUUCACUCAGAUGACCGGCGUCAACGUCGUCAACUACUAUCAAACAAUCAUGUACAACGCCCUCGGCAUCACCGGCAACCGCAACACCCUCGUCGCUGGGAUCUACAACUGCGUAGGCCCCAUCACCAACUUCAUCUUCAUCUUCUUCCUACUGGACCGCGUCGGACGCCGAAAGCCCAUGAUGUUCGGGACGAUCGCCAUCUCCAUUGCCCUGAUCUGCGAAGCAGCCCUCUACUCGCAGAACCUGGAUGGCACCCGAAAGGGCUACAGUAUCGGGGGCGUCUUUUUCAUCUUCACCAUUACGGUCUUUUUCUCUUUGUCAUUUGGGCCGUGUAGUUGGGUCUACAUGGCCGAAGUCAUGCCCAUGCAAAUCCGCGGCCGCGGAAAUGCCUUCGCCACGGCGACAGGUAACUGGGCCGUCAGCACCCUCUGGAACCAGGUAUCUCCGAUCGCGCUGGACAAGAUCCAAUGGAAGUUUUAUUUUGUUUUUGCUGCGUGGAAUAUUUGUAUCACCCUCCCAACGGUCUAUUUUCUCUUCAAAGAGACCAAUCAAAAGUCUCUUGAAGAGAUCGAUCUCCUCUUCGGGGGUCGAGCGUUAGGCACACUCCCGGAGGAUGUUAGGAAGGAAGCUACGGGGACGGAGAAGGCAGAGGAGACGGGCGUGUCAGUGGUGAAUGUGGAGCAUACGGUGUAA